AUGGGAACUCAGGGAGGGACGCCGCCGACAUCACCGCCAUCUUCUUCUGGCCAUAGUUCUUCGGCCAACUCUUCCUCGACAACGGAUACGGACGGUUCGUCGUCAGGGAGGGACAGCUCUUUGUCUCCCGGUAGUAGCGGCACUAGCGGCACGAGUUCUCCAUUUGGUGAGAGUAGCUCGACAGGAGAAAGUAGUGGUGACUUUGGAGGAAAUUCUGGGCAGCAAGCCGCAACAGUAGUGAGCGGCGAGGAUGACUUGCUGUUUGAAUCAAGGCUGGACAUGCUAUUUGAAGACGGCAAGAAGGAAGUGUGUUUGAAAUCGGAGCGAUGGUACCAGGUGAUUGACGAUGACUUGGCGAAAAACUCGAUCCUGUUAUCGUCACCACCGACACAGGUUUUCCAGCUUGGGUUCGCAAGUUGAAGUUCUUGCAGAAACUUACUAUCAUAUGAGUGGGGCAGCUAGGGUUUGAUAGAAUUUGCAGUUGGACUUUGCUAUGGUUUGGUAGAUUUGCGCUUCGUUUGGUAGAGUUUGUAUAUGUGGGCUUUUUUAGAGAUGGGCUUUGUUUGAGUUUAUUCUUUGUACAAUCAUGUGAAUAAUGUAUUACAAGUAUUAUGUAAGAAAAAUUAGAUAGUGUAUUAUGUAAUAAAGUUUAGUAUUACUA